GUCUUCUAUGACAGAAGGACUGUAAACUAUUGAUUGUUAGUGAAUAGCUUGUAAAUACAUUGUGGUCAAAUCAAAGCAUUAAAAAGAGACAUGGGUCAAAAGAUUCUUACUUUACUUGCGGUUUGCCAUAUCACACUGGUCAUUUGUUGUUUGGAUGAAACAUAUGAAAAAUUAACAAUUGACAAAUUAGGAAGUUACAUCAGGAAUUAUAGAUUCGGUGAGGCUGAAGCUGUUUUGUCGACCAACAAGAUUCAAGGCCAAGAAAUCAUUACUGAUUUAAUAUCUGAGCACCAGUUUAAUCCUUUGCUGAGUUUCGCUGACUAUACUUCAGAUCUACCAACGAGUAUUCGAAUUAUUAAAAAGGUCUACAGAAGUAACGAAGACAUGGAAUGUUCUAUUAAAUAUGUUAGGAAUCUGAGAAGAAUCAUUAGAAGUCUAUACAAAAUAUUUUAUCAAUAUAAUGCACCUUGGCAAGUAAAAGCAGAAGUUGAUAAUUUGCUUAAAGUUUAUAAACAAUCCAUGACUAAUCAUGCCAAACAAAUAAUUGAGAAGUGUGCUCAAACGAAAAUUUGUUUAGAUUCCAAAAUUCAAUAUAUUGCUGAUGUGACUUAUACAUUUGAUAAAGCCAUAUUUACUGAUUUAAUACAUGAUAUUAUAAGUGAUUUGUACGGAUUGGUGCCCACCAAAAAACUUCUAGCUUAUGUGGACAACAUGAGUACCCUGGAGCAGAAAAUCAUCGGGUUUCAGCACUUAUACAAUAAAUUAACAAGGAAGGAGAGAAUGAGUUCCGUAAUGGCAAACUUUGUUACUUUCAUUAAUAAAAUCAUUAAAGAUCCUCUUUAUUCUAAAGUAGACAAAUUGCUGCAAGAGACAAUUAAUAUGGCGGAUCUUGAUUUGCCCACAUCUCUUAAAUAUGCCAUUCUGUCACCCAGGGUUUGUAUUUUAAACGUUCAUUUUAACGAGUCAUUUUAUGCUUAUUAUCAAUACGAGAAAUCAUACAGUGCCCGUCCGGUAUUGUCGUGGAUACCAACAAAGACGGAAGGAUUGGCAAAUGCCACUGCCAACUACUGGGUACUAACUCAGGAUAAUUCUAAUACGACCUUCUUAAUAAAGAGCAGUGCCUACGAUGAGUAUCUGUAUGUCGGAGCAGAUUAUGAUAAAGAGAGGAGAAGAAUAGUUACUGGGCCAGAUGGAGCAACCACCAACGCUGGCAAAUGGUAUUUGGAACCAACUUGUGAUUAUGAGUAUGUGUAUAUUAAAAGCUAUAACGGCGAAUAUGUUUACCCUGCUGAAGGGUUGAAUUUUGACAAAGACAGAAGACGUGUAUUUACAUGGAUACCUAGCAAAGAGACAUUUGAUGAAGGCAGAUUUAAAAUUUUCCCUUGUUGAGUAAAUAUAUAUAUAUAUA